UUAGAAAGUUAAUACUAUUUUGAAUUUCGAUUUUCUAUUUUUCAACAACUCUCAGUCCGCUCGUUCAUAUAUUACAUCGGUACGUUUAAAUAGUGGUCCUUGUCUUCAUAUUAUCAUACAGCACUCGCAGCUUGCUUCCGUUGCAUUUGCAAAGCAGACGCAGUAAGAUAAGGAACGCUUUAUUUAUCUCAUUUUAUUGCUAGUAUCUAAGUAAAUUUCCAGGUAAGUCAAUGGCCGCGCCGAUGAACGUUUCAGCAAGUUACUUCGACAAAAGCGUUCCAAACGUAGUUCUUCGGAGUUUGUUUAUGAAGUAUGACGUUGACGGUAGUGGAGUAUUAAAUCGUCAAGAACUACAAACAUUGUUUGAAGGCGAUCUUGGUUUCACACAUGAACAAGCAGAAGCUUAUAGUAUGAUGUUGGAUAAAGAUGGAAAUCAGGCUGUCAGCUUUGAGGAGUUAAGUCACUGGCUGGCAAGUGGAGAGAAAUUUAAAAAUAUUAAUGACAAAUGCAGGUUUCACAGGUUGAAGAAAGCUGUUGAACUAUUUAAAAAAUUUGAUGCUGACGGUAAUGGGGCAAUUGAAAAAGAUGAGUUCACCAAUCUCAUGAUCGCCAUUAAUUGUCCAAGAAAUAAAAUCCCUGAGGCAUUAAAAUCAUUGGAUAGCGAUGGAGAUGGAAAAAUAUCAUUCCCUGAGUUUCUUAACUGGCUCAACUGGUUGCCAAAUUAAUUGACAUUUCAAGAGGAAUUCAACCCAUGUUAAAAUAGAACGUCAGUAUUUAGUAACGUAAAUCAAGGAACAUCACCCACGUAUUGUAAUGCAAACGAUGUAGCAGAUCCUGCAGAAUAAUUCACCCAAUAUUUUUCAUGAUUAUUUGUGUUAUCUACAACUCAAUCUUUUUGUAUAAAUUACAAUUCAUUUCAUUGCAGUGUAUUCAAAUUCAAA